CCCGCCGAUGGGAAGCCUUUUGUCGACGUCCUUACGGAAGGCGGCGUUCUCCCCGGCAUCAAGGUCGACAAAGGCACCAUCGAGCUAGCCGGCACCAACGGCGAGACGACUACUCAGGGCCAUGACGAUCUUGGCAAGCGCUGCGCCAAGUACUAUGAAGCAGGCGCCCGCUUCGCCAAAUGGCGAGCUGUUCUCAAUAUCGGACCCAAUGAGCCUUCCCAACUCGCCAUCGACGCUAACGCCAAUGGCCUCGCACGCUACGCCAUCAUCUGCCAGGAGAACGGUCUUGUACCCAUAGUUGAGCCAGAGAUCCUCGUAGAUGGCUCUCACGACGUGAACCGCUGCGCUGAGGUCACAGAGAGGGUCCUCGCUGCGUGUUACAAGGCACUCAAUGACCAUAAGGUUCUCCUCGAGGGGACGCUGCUCAAGCCCAACAUGGUGACUCCUGGCUCCGAUGCAGCUAAGGUCUCACCCGAGGUGGUGGCGGAACACACUGUGAGGACACUACAGAGGACGGUGCCAGCGGCUGUACCUGCGAUCGUGUUUCUCUCCGGUGGGCAAAGCGAGGAGGAGGCGACUCUUAAUCUGAAUGCGAUGAAUCAGCUGAGUGGAAAGAAGCCGUGGUCUCUGUCUUUCUCAUUUGGACGCGCGCUGCAGCAGAGCACGCUCAAGGCAUGGGCUGGAAAGGAGGAGAAUUUGGAGAAGGCGAGGGCGUCGUUCCUGGUUCGAUGCAAGGCGAACUCGGAAGCUACAUUGGGGAUUUACAAGGGUGGUGCUAGCCUUGGGGAGGGGGCAUCGGAGAGUCUUCAUGUGAAGGGCUACAAAUAUUGAGUUGCUGCCUUUCCUGCUUAACCUCCACUGUUGUUUGUUUUCGUUGUUGAUGGUGAUUUCGUCUGUGGUCAUUGUUGAAUUCAAAUUUUGCUGCCUAUUUCAAGGUUAUGACUCUUAUGUUAACGGCAACUCUUUUUUUUUAGUAUUCUUCUUUCAUGUUUUGUUUUACUCCUUGAAAUGAUCUCGUGAAAGUAGUUGCUUUCAUGUUUGUUUGCUUUCCUGUUUGUUUCAUCGUCAAGUAGAAAUGCUUUCAAUUUGAAGGAAUUAUUGUAUGCUAAGAAU